AUACGGAAGAACCCUAAGACAAAAGGGCUGUGGUUGGAGUGCAGGAGAAAUUUGCGAUUUAUCGCUGAACAAAUCAUAGAUUUUGCCCAAAACUUGUGGUAUAGGGUUUGGCCAUUGAUGCAUUGGCUAUAUAGCGCUACAGUGUAUCGGUUUCAGUCAAGUGGCGCCGGUGGCAGCGACAAAAGAGGCGCUGGCGUGGUCCUCCACUGGGCGAACUCGAAUUUGGAAUUGUCAGCCUAACUGGGAAAAACUGCAACUGUCCCCAUUCCGAGAGCUCUACUCUGGUAUUCUGCAUUCCUUGGGAAGCUACUGGAUAGGGCUUUGCCAAUUGUUGCUUCUAGCUGCCAAUGGUCAUGAGGAAGCUUUUUUCCAAGAAUCCCAAUGCUUCCAAUCAUUCUUCACAAAAUACAUCAUUUGUUGGGAAGACCUUUCAGGUUGGAAGAACAUCCGUUACUGUGGAAGAUGUGAUCGCUGAAGGCGGCUUCGCCAUCGUGUUUCUGGUGCGCGGCCCCGGCGGCCAGAAGCUGGCGCUGAAGAGGAUGUACGUCAACAGCGAGGCCGAUUUGCAGGCAUGCAAGCGGGAGAUCCAGAUCACGUCAAGCCUGAGUGGCCACCCCUACAUCAUCGGCUACGUGGACUCGACAGUGCGCAGCUGUGGCGGCGGGGUGUACGAGGUGCUGCUGCUGAUGCCGUACUACCGCACCCACGUCCUACAGAUGAUGAACGAGAGACUGCAGACGGGGUUCUCGGAGCACGAGGUGCUGCGAAUCUUCAGCGACGUGUGCGAGGCCGUUUCCCGGCUGCACCACUGCCAGACGCCCAUCAUACACCGCGACCUCAAGGUGGAAAACGUCCUUCUCUCCGACGACGGCAAGUUCGUGCUCUGCGACUUCGGCUCGGCCACCGCCAAGGUACUGAACCCGGCCAGCGGCGGCGUGCCGGCCGUUGAGGAGGAGAUCAAGAAGUACACCACGCUCAGUUACCGCUCGCCCGAGAUGGUGGACCUGUACUCGGGCGCCAGCAUUACCACCAGCAGCGACGUCUGGGCCCUGGGAUGCCUGCUGUACAAGCUGUGUUUCUUCACGCUGCCGUUCGGCGAGUCGGCGCUGGCCAUCCAGAGUGGCCAGUUCAGCUUCCCCGACAGCUCAAAGUAUUCCAAGCGGUUGCACGCCCUCAUCCGCUACAUCCUACAGCCGGAUCCCGCGCUGCGUCCGGACAUAUUCCAGUUGUCCUUUCUCACCUGCCGUCUGCUGGGCAGGGAGUGUAGCGUGCAGAACCUUCACAACGUUGCCGUUCCCGACAUCGACUCGUUGCUUGGCGUGCUGGAAUCGCAGGCGACGCCAGCGCCAUCCGACGGCAAGCCGGCCACGCCCAGCUUGCGCGACCCGCCGCCGCUGCCGCUGCCGCCGCAGGGUGGGUAG